AUAUGUUUUCUAGCUGGGGGAACACAUAUCACUAGGGAUAUGUGUUUCCUAGGUGGAGGAACACAUAUCACUAGGGAUAGGUGUUUCCCUGGUAAGGGAACAUUGAUCACUAGGGAUAUGUGUUUCCCAUGUGGGGGAACACGUAUCACUACGGAUAGGUGUUUCCCAGGUUUGGGAACACGUAUCACUAAGGAUAUGUGUUUCCCAGGUGGGGGAACACAUAUCACUAGGGAUUUGUGUUUCCCAGGUGGGGGAACACAUAUGAGUAGUGAUAUGUUUUUCCCAGGUGGGGGAACACAUAUCACUAGGGAUAUGUUUCCUAGCUGGGGGAACACAUAUCACUAGGGAUAUGUUUCCUAGCUGGGGGAACACUUAUCACUACGGAUAUGUGUUUCCCUGUUUGGGGAACACAUAUCACUAGGGAUAUGUGUUUCCCAGGUGGGGGAACACUUAUGACUAGUGAUAUGUGUUUCAGAGGUUGGGGAACACAUAUCACUCUGGAUUUGUGUUUUCCAGAUGGGGGAACACAUAUCUCUAGGGAUAGGUGUUUCCCAGGUGGGGAACUCAUAUCCCUAGGGAUAUGUGUUACCAGUUGGGGGAACACAUAUUACUAGGGAUAUGUUUUCCAGGUGGGAAACACCUAUCCCUAGAGAUAUGUGUUCCCCCACCUGGAAAACACAAAUCCAGAGUGAUAUGUGUUCCCCAACCUGUGAAACACAUAUCACUAGUCAUAUGUGUUCCCCCACCUGGGAAACACAUAUCCCUAGUGAUAUGUGUUUCCCCAACAGGGAAACACAUAUCCCAUUUGUGUUUCCAGGGUAGGGGAACGCAUGUCAGCAGGGAUAUGUGUUUUAAGGGUAGGGGAACACAUAUCACUAGGGAUAUGUUUUUUUAGUGUAUGGGAACACUUAUCACUAGAGAUAAGUGUUUCCAGUGUAGGGGAACAUGUAUCACUAAGGAUAUGUGUUUCCACCAGGGAUAUUUGUUUUCCUGGUAGGGGAACACAUAUCACUAGUUAUAUAUGUUUCCCAGCUAGGCCAAUGUGUGUAUUUUUUGUUUUACCCUUUUCUUAUGAUAGAAUCUUUUAAACCUUGUAAUGCUUAAUUUCAGUCGUUUCUUAUUCAAUUUUGAGCUGCAACCAUACUGUUGGACUAGAAGUUUGUUUAUCUCUGCCUUCAUAAGAUUAAUGUUUAACAGAUGCUAUAAUUUUUUUCAUGCUGCACUGAAAUUGUUUCUUUUCUAAUAUAUCUUUGAAUAAUAUUUUUGCUUUCUGAACCUUGCAAAUAUUGUUGGGGUUGUACUCAAUUAGUUUUAUAGACGCUUUAAUGGUCCAAACCCUUGUAUGAAAAUGUUGCUGAGACAAUGAUGAUCAUUAUUUAUUAUUAUUUUUCCGUUAUCAUUACAUUUUAAUAGUUGCACUUUUCACCUAUCCCUUAGUCAUGGUGACUGUUAGGAGGCUACAGACCUAGCAACUCUUUCCCUUCAUUUGAUUUUGUUUUUUGAUUCUCUUAGGGCAUCCUAAAACUUCAACCCUGUUCAAUCAGAGAUGUUAUUCUCCCAAUGCUUCUGUUGUUGGCCUCUUGUUAAAACAAGAAAAGUGUUUAUCAAAACAGUGGAAAAAACAGUAAUUAUAGUCGGGCAAACAAAGUUUAAACAGGACUUAACUGGGUUUGAACUGAAUUGAUGACCACUACAUCUCUACCCCAAACAUGUGACUUUUCAUCACCAGCUUUCCAGCUGGUUUAUUAUGCAGUGCAUGACACUUCAACCACCAUUAUUUUGAUAUUGAUUGGUCUUGAACAGGGUGUUCAUUAAGCAUCAGAGCUUGGGGAAUUCUCUGUUAACUUUGCCGAAUUCUCCGUCUAACGCUUGGUAGCCUAUGACUAUACUUUUUUUUAUUCAGACGUAGAGCCUCUUUCAAAAUAUUCUCCUGUAACAUUACACCUUUCUGCUGCUGCUGCUAGAAUUCUUAAUGAAAACCCUGUUUCAUAGCUAAAUGUUCACCAGAAAACUGAUUAUGAGGUUCUUCGAGUAUUUUACUUUCAUUAAUUUAUUUCAAUGUUUAUUUUACAGCGAUCUUUCUAUACUGUUGUUCAAAGUGGAUAAGAUGUCCAUUACAUACAGUGACCAUUUAAAGAGGAAAAACACAACCAGGAAAAUCUGAGAAAACACAAGGAAAACAAAACACAGAAUUAAAAUGACUGUAAGUAUUAAGGUUGUCUUUAUCAAUGGUUCUUUGUUAGUAAUUUCUAGAUCUAGAUUAUUAUAUUAUUGUUAAGUUCUAGAUAUUUUAAAUGUAUAAAAGUCUCAUUGACUUGGAAAAUUUGAAAAGCUGUAGGUAACCCAUAAGUAAGUCAUUUGUCCUAAGUACUAUAAACACAUUUAAGAGACAUUAUACAGGGGUAUCCUAGUCACCCUAGUUAUCCCAGUCAUCUCAGUCAUCCCACUCAUCCCAUUCAUCCUAGUCACCCAAGUCAUCCCAGUCAUUCGAGUCAUCCCAAUCAUCAUAAUCAUCCAAGUCAUCCUGGUCAUCCCAGCAAUUGUAGUCAUCCUAGUCACCCUCCUCCUUGCAGUUACCCUGUCUCAGUAACCCUAACAAUUCCAUUCAUCUAAGUUAUCCUAGUUAUCAUAGCCACCCUAUUCAUCCUAGGUAUCUUAGUCAUCUAAAUCAUCCUCAUCAUCAUAGCAACCCUAUUCAUCCCAGUUUUCCCAGUAACCCUUGUCGUCCCAGUCAUGUCAGUCACCUUGUGAUCCCAGUCAUCUCAGUCAUCUCAGUCAUCCCAGUCAUCCUAGUCAUCCCUGUCAUCUCAUUCAUCCUUGUCACCCUAGUCAUCCCAGUCAUCCUAGUAACCCUAGUCUUCCUUGUGAUCCCAGUUAUCUCAGUCAUUCUGGUUACCCUAGCCAUCCCAGUAACCCUAGUCAUCCCAGUCAUCCACGGUAGUCCAAGCCAUCCCAAUUUCCCAGGUAGGGGAACACAUAUCACUAGGGAUAUGUGUUUCCCAGGUGGGGGAACACAUAUCACUAGGGAUAUGUGUUUCCCAGGUAGGGGAACACAUAUCACUAGGGAUAUGUGUUUCCUAGGUGCGGGAACACAUAUCACUAGGGAUAGGUGUUUCCCUGGUAAGGGAACACUUAUCGCUAGGGAUAUGUGUUUCCCAGGUGGGGAAACACAUAUCACUAGGGAUCUGUGUUUCCUAGGUAGGGGAACACAUAUCACUAGGGAUAUGUGUUUCCUUGGUGCGGGAACACAUAUCACUAGGGAUAGGUGUUUCCCUGGUAAGGGAACACUUAUCACUAGGGAUAUGUUUUUCCCAGGUGGGGGAACACAUGUCACUAGGGAUAUGUGUUUACAAGGUAGGGGAACACAUAUCACUAGGGAAAUGUGUUUCCCAGGUAGGGGAACACAUAUCACUAGGGAUAUGUGUUUCCCAGGUGGGGGAACACAUAUCACUAGGGAUAGGUGUUUCCCAGGUGGGGGAACACUUAUCACUAGGGAUAUGUGUUUCCCAGGUGGGGGAACACAUAUCACUAGGGAUUUGUUUUUCCCAGUUGAGGGAAGACAUGACUAAUUAUGUGUGUUUCACAGUUUGGGAACACAUCUGUCUAGUGAUUUGUGUUUCCCAGGUAGGAGAACACAUAUUACUAGGGAUAUGUGUUUCCCAGGUGGGGGAACACAUAUCACAAGGGAUAUGUGUUUCCUAGGUAGGGGAACACAUGUCAAUAGGGAUAUGUGUUUCCUAGGUGCGGGAACACAUAUCACUAGGGAUAUGUGUUUUUUAGGUGCGGGAACACAUAUCACUAGGGAUAGGUGUUUCCCUGGUAAGGGAACACUUAUCGCUAGGGAUAUGUGUUUCCCAGGUGGGGGAACACAUAUCACUAGGGAUAUGUGUUUCCAAGGUGGGGAAACACAUAUCACUAGGGAUAUGUGUUUCCCAGGUGGGGAAACACAUAUCACUAGGGAUAUGUGUUUCCCAGGUGGGGGAACACUUAUAACUAGGGAUAUGUGUUUCCUAGGUGGGGGAACACAUAUCACUAGGGAUUUGUGUUUCGCAGGUGGGGGAAGACAUGACUAAUUAUGUGUGUUUCACAGUUUGGGGAACACAUCUGUCUAGUGAUAUGUGUUUCCCAGGUGGGGGAACACAAAUCACCAGGGAUAUGUUUUUCCCAAGUAGGGCAGCACAUAUUACUAGGGAUAUAUAUUUCCCAGGUGGGGAACACAUAUCACUAGGGAUAUGUGUUUCCCAGGUAGGGGAACACAUAUCACUAGGGAUAUGUGUUUCCUAGGUGGAGGAACACAUAUCACUAGGGAUAGGUGUUUC